UUUGGUGGUACCUACCUACCUAAUACUUUAAAGAACUAAAUUAUACAAAGUGUUAAAUAAAUUCUGUUCUAAACUUCAGUGUGAUGAGCGUCAUAUUGUUAAAUACCAAUAUUGUGUAAAUAGGAAGUAUGUUUAAUUACUUUUUGGUGACAAAUUUGUGUUAAACGAAAUAACCUGGAAGUUGUGUUAAAAAAAAACAAGUCAUAUCGAGGGUAAACAGUGGCCUCACUUGUUAUUUUUAUUGACAGUAAUUUUGCGAUUUUGUAAUAAUGGACCCGGGGCCUGCCUUCCCCCGUAAGGUACCGAAAAGUCCUGGGGUAGAGCCUUUUGGAAAUCCAAAAUCAUCUAUCACCUGUUCCAAUGUUCCGGACGACUUAUUCGAAGCUGCUACAGCCAAGAAGCAUUUCAGUAAAUUUGGUAGAGUUCAAAAGAUCAGGCUUUUCCCAAAGAAACAGAUGUGUAUAGUAGAGUAUGAAGAGCCCGUCUCGGCUGAGCGUGCUGUACUGAAUGCUGGUGCAUUUGAUGGUUUUAUGUUUGAUGUGACUCGUUCAAAGCAGAGAACGAGACGCAAAAGCAUGUUGCUUGAUGAUCCAGAUUGGCUACCAGAUCCUGAAGUAGAAAAGGAAUUGUCAGCUUUGAGUGGCAUGCCAGUCUAUAGAGUUCCACGUCAAAAACCAAUGGAUAUUGAAAAUUCAUCAGUGUCAAUCAAGUUGCCAAAAAGUCCUUUGAAAAUCAACAAGAGUACUAUGAAGUCCAAAAAAAAUUUAGUUGUAAAAAAGACUAUUGUUCCAAAGGUCCCUAGACAGUCAGUUGAAACUACUACAGCUUCACAGAUGGCCAGCGGAAUAGAAUCACCAAUAUUAGUGUCAUCUACACAAACAAGUAUGAGUACAUUUGAAGCGGCUGCCGAAUUACACCAGUUGCGUUCAAGAACAUCAUUAACUCCUGAUGAGAAAUGGAGAACUUUAGAUGCAAGGGACAGAGUCCUCAGAGCAUGGGGCGGUGCAGGUUCACGUCUCAAGGUUGGUGGUGCCACUAUUGGAACUUGUCCGGAUAUGUGUCCAGAAAAAGAGCUAUUGCAUCGACAAGCCGAACAUCAGGUGAUGACUUUGGAAACUGUGCUGGGUUCUGAUGGGGAACUCGAGCCAUGGCGCGCCGUGAAGCAAUACAGUCGCAGUUCAGCCGACCAGGAGAUACCGAUGUGCUAUGAACUGAGACCUGCUUCUGUCCUCAUGAAGACUUGUUCGUAUCUGCUGCACGAAAUAGCAGACACCACGAGACAGGUGUCAUUGGCCGACUGGUUUCACUUCAUGUGGGAUCGUUUCCGUAGUAUUCGCAAGGAUAUAACGCAGCAGGCACUGUGUUGUGCAGAUUCCAUACGUCUCGUCGAGAUGUGUGCCCGAUUUCACGCUCACUGCGCGGCUCGCCUCGCAGACCUCGAGUACACGCAGUUUGAUCAGAAAUUGAACACCGACAACCUCACAAAGUGUCUCCAGACUCUGAAGCACAUGUACGCGGACGUGGGACCGGAGCAAAAACCCAACGAAGCCGAAUUUCGGGGAUAUAUAGCACUUUUGAAUCUCGGCGAUGCCAACUUUUGGUGGGAGAUCAAGCAACUUCCGGACGAGAUACAAAAAUCGGAACCUAUAGUUUUGGCGAUAAAAAUAUUUAAUUGCUUAGAUAAUAAUAACUAUGUAAGAUUCUUUCGACUAGUGAGUGAGAAGGCGACAUACCUGCAAGCGUGUAUUCUACUUCGAUAUUUCAAUGACGUCCGCGCCCGAGCCUUGGCCAGGAUUGUCAAAGCCUACGCUCCAAGAGGUGGCUCUCGGUUUCCGGCGAGCGACCUCAUGAACGCACUCGCCUUCGAGUCCUUAGAACAAAUGGGAUCCUUCAUAAGUCACUAUGGCUUGAGAUUUUCUAAAUCGGAUGAUGUAGAAUUCUCAAUAAUACUCGACAGACAUCAGUUUAUUGAAGACAGCGAUCCUUAUGCGAUCGAACGCGCUGUUGAAUUGAUCGAGAGUAAAAGACAAAGUUCCGUGUGCGAAGUUAUUGCUGGAGGGCACAUACUGAAGCAAGAUUAUAAAAAUCACGUGCUCAACACAAGUUUUUACUCGGACGGAAAAUUAAAAGAGUCCGCUCUUAUUGCCGAAGACCAAGGGUAUAAUACUGUUAACGAUAGCAAUAAAGAUGUACAAGCAUUAAAAGCUGAAAUUCAGAGGCUCGCCCAAACAGAUAAAACUUUUGUAAACACGGCUAAAGUGAAUUUAUUAGUUAAACCUGAAGUGAAGACGCCGUCCAGUUCACCAUCCAAAGUUGUGCCUGAAAUGACGAAAGGCCGUCAGUUAUUUAGCUUCAAACCGGCGAUACCCGUAGCACCAACAGAAAUAAUCAAACAGUCGCCAGAGAAGAUUUUUUCUUGCGAUUCACAAAAUGUAUUUUCUUUUUCGAAACCGCAAAACACUGUCGAUUCAAAUAUUCGAACAGAUGCUGUAAGCAAAUUCAAAGUGCAACAUGGAAGAAGUUCAUUCGAAGUCAAAAGCAGUUCGCCAGAGAAAUCAAAUGCAACAUACAUUCGUGCAAGUAAUAGCAAUACUAGUGUUUUCCAGAAGGUUAAUGAAAAGGUAGAUCCAUCCCAAAAUUCACGAAGUUUGUUCAGUACUGUCAAUGCCGAAAUAAAGACAAAACCUAAAACUCUACCAGUUAGCGAUAAUAUAUUUGCCAAAGCAAUGACUAACAAAACAAAGGAAAACAUUGCGGACUCGAUAUUUCAAAACAAAAAUACUACUAUUGGAAAAGAUAAUAUAUUUACGAAAAAUGCUACUCACUUCACCAAAUUUAAUGAAAAUACAGCAGGUAACAGUAUUUUUGCAAAGCCGGAGAAGGUAGACGAGUCGGAUGCCAGGUGUCAGAAUAUAUUUGGCGGUUUUGGCAAAACAGACAAGAGCAUAUUUUCGAAACCGCAUGUUUUAGAUGGUGGUUCAUUUAACAAAUUGAACGGAGAAGAUAAAUCAAUAAAUAAAUUAUCGCCCGGCACUCUUUUUAAAAGCGCAACAACUGCCGUACCUCCCAAUGAAACAGAUAAAACCUACUCCAUAUUUCAUAGUAAAAAUAGAGCACAAACUGUAGCUGAUAACAUAUUGAAUUCUCUGAGCAAUGUACAAAAGGGGGAAAUUUAUGACUUCAAUCAAAAUGACGACGAGGCAAAAAAAUUAGAAGAAGUGGAACGAAUUAGACAAGAGCAUCUUAGGCAAGAGGAAGAAAAGCGUCAACAACAAUUAAAACGUCAAGCAGAAGAACAAGAAUUGCGGGAUCGAGAAUAUCAAAGGCAAAUAGAAUUAGAGGUGCUCAAAGAAAAACGAAAAAUUGCAGCGGAAGCCCAACGAAUGAAAGAAGAGAUACGACGAAGGGAAGAGGAGGAACGGCGGAUAGAAGAAGAAAAGAGAAAAAAGCUUGAAGAAGAAGAAAAGAAAGCUGAGCUAAAAAGGAAAGCCGAAGAAGAAAAACGUCGUUUUCUUGAAGCUGUAGAUAAAGAGUCCAAUGAACUUGUAGAAUUAUUAGUAAACGAAGUAGGAAAUGAAACUGUAAAACAGCUAAUGAAAGACGAAAUCGACCGUCUGCAGCAACUUGUCAAAUAUGCUGGCACCGUGACUGAAGAAAUCAUGACAGAGCUAUGUAAUGAAAUAUGUAAUUCCGAAAUGAAAGCAGAAAUGUUUUGGACCGACAAAAUACGCCGAAAGUGGUUUAGUGUUUGGAGAAGACAUUAUCUCAGAAAUUACAAUCGACGUUGUCUCUUAGAAGACACACCCGUAUGGCUAACGGAAAAAACAUCUACAGAAGAAGCUUUGCUACUUAGGAGGUCAGUUGAGUCGGCAACGUUAAAGAACAUGAAUGCAAUUCACAGAGGAUAUAAAUUCAUUGGUGAACUGAAGCAGACACCUCUCCCAGACCCAUAUAAUAUAGUCGAACUCAUCCGAUCUCCUCUGCUGAAACGUAUGAAACAAAUUAGUUAUCCUUACGACAAAUGCUUCUUUUGGAAAAUAACAAUGGUUAGCCCUGAGGAACCAAGCUGGUUGUAUCGAAAAAUAAAUAUAGAGAAAUGGAUAAGACACGCCUUCUCUGAUGGAAAAAAACACGAAUCUAGUAAUCUAAUACACGUUGGAAAAUAUACCUGGAAUCAUUUGAUGGACUUUGCUAUUUCGGUUGGCUUCAUUGGUUCUGGGAAAAGUGAUGUUGUAGAGGCAAUUGAAGGUACUAAUGGAAUUUUAAUUUACAGCACGGAAACUGAUAAAUAUUUAUUAAAUAGAAUUCAAGAAAUAAUAAAGCAAAAAUAUCCAUAUCAUAUUAUUCCCGUUGCAGUUGUAAUGCCAAGAACUAAAGACUCUUCAAAAAAUUGUGACUUGGAAAAACUAUUAACUGAUUUUGUCAAAGACAAAGUAAUAUCCGCCUAUAAAUUGUUUCAUGUGAAUUCGAACAAUCUACCAGACAUGUUAAAUUCAUGUACAAAAAAUGCAUUAAAAUGGCUUGCUAAGCAUUACCCACCGACGCCGCCUUUAGAGAUCGAUUUGUUAAAAUCUGUCUGCCAAAGAUAUCUUGGCAAUGAAAUAUGGUGUAACUUUAGAAUAGAAAAGGAUAACAGAGUGAGUUCUGUUCUCAAAGAUUUAUCGAAACUCGUUAAAUGUUAUAACACCGCAAUCGACAAAUUAACAGAGGUGAUUACAAAUGAAGAUAAUUUUAACUAUCCAUCAUUCGCCUUGGAAUUCAAGAAGUAUUUGGAUGACAAUUCUCCAUACCCAAAACCUUAUGAAUUCAUCUCAAGCAGUGUCAAAAAUGAUGAAAACAAUAUGGCCAUAAAACAUUUAAUGUCUGAUCUGAAAUUAGCAGAGCCAACUUUUAUGUUCAAUCCUGUGGAUGUUGAAAAUAUGCAGUAUCAAAUUCGAACUUACUGCAAACAAAUUGGUUGGCUCGAAAAUUCCGAUGAAAUUGUGUGCAAAGUAAUAACAGUCCUACCUAAUGAACUCACCGAUUUGAAUAUGUCAUGUGAGAAUUUUAAAAAAUACUUUAUGAAUUAUAAUUUGAUAGAUAUGCUGAACGUAAUUGUGUAUGAAAAAAUUAAUAGCUUAAAAAAUUUCGGCAAUAGAUAUGCUAUUUAUAAGCCUUCAUUACUAGAGGAAUUUCGCACUUUAAAUUGGUUACUUGAAAAUAAACUUCUAUUUGAAAUAAAACAUAAAGCUAUAAACUAUGAGGAUGAAGAUGAAAUAGAGUGUUUUAUUUUAGCUAAACGCCGAAAAUUACAUAUUGAUUCUCUUGAAAAUCUCGUGCUGGAUGACAAAGACAGUACUAUGGUUGAAGAAAAUAUUACAAAUGCUGAGGUUGGCAUUUCAAAGUAUAGAAAUUGUACUGAAGCUGUCAAACAGCUUGAAAUGCAACUCGAAGAGGGCAGGCAAAAAUCAAUUGAAUUUGAGAAUAUGCUCCAAGCAGCUCUCGCAAAUGUUUAAGUGUGGAUACAUAAGUCUAAUUUUUUGCAUGAAAAUUCUGAUAAUUUAAUUAGUUAACAAAUAAAAAAUGAUUUGUUUUGU